AUGGACGAACAUAAGAGUUCUGUAUUUAAGCCUGUCUGCGUGGCAUCUACCGACGCUGGGAAGCUUCACAGCGUGUCAAGUCAACCAUCGUCUGGACAGGAACAUCCUGGCGCAUUAGGGCUGGAAGCAGACAAGUCUGCUGCGAACCCCUUUGAAGGGAACUACUUCAAGAGUGCAGAAUGGUCGCCAGAUGGUACCACCAUUCUAACAGAUUCUGCAGACCAUCGUAUUAGAUCUUAUAUUUUACCUCCGGAUCUCCUAGAAGAGAGACCAGACCCUCAUCAGCUCUCUCCGUACUCGGUGUUGCCGUCCGCAGAACCGACGUAUGCCUCUGCUUUCUACCCUUUCUUCUCCCUUCAAGAACCAUCUUCUACCUUGUUUCUCUCAUCGGUUAGAGAUCACCCUAUUAGAUUAGCUUCUGCAUUGUAUCCGACGUCCUUGGCAACUUACUCUCUUGUUAACCCCACAACGGAAGCUUUCAUAACGCCCCAUUCUAUGAUAUAUCCGUCUGCACUGGGUGGUGCUCAUUUCCUCACCGGAUCAGAUAGCCUUAUAUGCCUUUUUGACGUCUCUCGUCCUGGAAAUGAUGGCCCUAUUGCUUGGAUGCCAACAAUACCAAGUAAGCGCAAGCAAGUCGUGGGUGGUGGCGUGGGAAUGAAAGGCAUUAUUUCCGCGCUGGCAUUAAGUCCAGAUGGGGAUGGAAUUCUAGCAGCCGGUACAUUUUCGCGGAAUGUUGGGCUCUACGACUCCAAUGGCUCAGGACAAUCACUUGGAACUUUCAAUAUUGCAAAGACUGAAGCCAAUCGUUGCAUUGGAGGACACGGGAUCACACAGCUUCUCUGGAGCCCUUGUGGGAGAUAUCUGUAUAUUGCCGAGCGUAAAAGUGAUGGUGUAUUGGUUUAUGAUAUAAGAUUUACCGGACAGUUGCUUGGCUGGCUGCAAGGGCGUAAGGCCUUCACCAACCAACGCAUGAAAAUCGAUUUGGUUUCCACAAGACAUGGCAACUCGCACGAGAUCUGGGCUGGAGGUACGGAUGGAUUUAUGAGGAUGUGGCAAGACCCAACGUACACUGCUGGUGCACAGGAACCUAAGUGGGAGUGGAAAGUCCAUCACGACUCGGUCAAUAGUACCAUGCUGCAUCCAUCGGGAAAUGUUAUAGCUACAACAUCUGGUCAGAAACAAUUCAACAAUUUCCAGGAGGGUGCCGAAUCUGCCGCCAGGACGGUUGAGAAUUCGUUGCGAAUCUGGUCUCUGCCUUUGGUAGACGAAGUUGCUGAGGAGUGA